AUGACGGGCGCUCUCGCAACUCCACGUUAUAGUAACGACGACUUCGAGACAGCUUCUAUUCGCUCUGCUGCUCCUUCUUAUGUAUCGGAAGCUCCCUCAUACCACUCAACAAAUCCAUACCCCGAGACUCUGCCAUCAUACACCCCUCCAGCUCGGUCUCACACGGUUGCGAGGUCCUCCUUAGUUCCCCAAGGGAGCGGUACCUCAACUCCACGCCAGCAGACUAUCGGAUUGCCUCCAGUACCUGCUCUUCCUCUGCGAUCCCAACCGAACCUGAACAAUUUUCGUAUCGCGACAUGGUCCUCCGUCUCUAGCAACCCCAACGCCCGACACUACCAGAAUGUCGCGAACCGGCGACUGACUGCUCAGCGAGAUCCCGUAGACAGCCUGCGUCGAGUCAUGACCGAUGUUAGCGAGCAAGAACAAGAGCGGUACAUAACCAGACCGUUAGAAGAUCCCUAUCUGGUUGGCGAGGUUGCUGCCGCCCGUGCUCGCACAGAGCGACUUUCACGAGAGUCAGGGGAUGAUAUUCUUCUGCGAGAGGAUCGCCAAUGGGACUGGUUCUUAGCUCGAAUGAGAGACUCGGAUGACCGACAGCGGAACUGGACUCCGACAAACCCAUACAGGCGUGAGGUGGAGGCUGGGAGCCGAAAGAAGCUCCUCCGCCGUAUUGGAGGACGACGCUUGCUAUGA